AUGGCCCCUCAGGCCUUUCAUGAUCCCGAAGAGGAGGAGCGUGAGCGAAUCCGCGAUUUAUCAAGGUAUUACUGCACAGUAACCCGAUCACUACCAACGCCCAAUACAGAGGAUGGUCUGGCUGCACCGCAGGGAGAUGAGCAACCGGCUAGUUGCGAGCUGGCCAAGGAUAUCACCCUGACCGCCCUGGCGCAACUUGGCGUCCAUCGCUUCAACUGCAACCGAUCUUUUGUCUCGAUCAUCGACGGAGAACUCCAGCAUAUCAUCGCCGAAGCGACAAAAUCCGUUUCUCUACGCGACAAGAACCGACAUCUUCCCGACGAUGGCAUCUACCUCGGAGCACGGUCUCUCGAUCUGGUGUGGGGCGUGUGUCCCCAUACGAUCCGAUUGUUCACGGGGCGUGAGCCAAACGAUAUCGAAUCCGGAAAUGUGACUGCAAACAAGACUCGUUAUAUUAUUCGGGAUUUCAGGGCGGAGGAUUGCUUCAAAGACCGACCAUAUGUUCGCGAGUGGCCGUUCAUGCGGUUCUAUGCCGAGGUCCCACUGUACAGCGCCACGGGGUAUGUGCUGGGCUCGUUCUGUGUGGUUGACGAUCAACCACGCACCACAUUUGGAGAUGACGAGGUCCGAGACCUCCAGGAAGUCGCUGAUGCUAUUGGUCAGCACUUGGAGAAUGUUCGAAUUGCACAGGCGCAUACUCGCGCCGAGAAAUUGGUCAAAGGUCUCACUACUUUCACUAAAGAACAUGGAGAUUUCGAUCCAACAGAAGUCUCAAAUAAUGGCCUCCUUCAAUCAAGUGUCACUGCAGCCAAUGUCUCACCAAAAGCGGAGGUAGAUAGCGACGCCAAACUGGUGACUUCCACGUCCGGUAACAUAGACGCCCCCGAGGUCAAUGUUCACAGCCCGGAACAGUCAUCCGCAUCGACCGUCACACAGCCCUCUGGAAAUUCCUUGUCGUCGACUGUUACAGCGGAGGAAUCUAUGUUCUUCUUGCCGGAUCAAUUGUCGGAGACCGAUCCUUCCUCUCUACCUUCAGGCUUUUCCGAUCGGCCCACAAUUCUCAGCCCCGGAGAAGAAAAGACACUAGAAGACGCCAUGAAAAUGGAGGGUUCGACGGCCGAAGAUGCAACUCCUGUCCAGGAAGUCCAGAAAUCCUUUGCGCGAUUUUCGUUAGACGAAACCACUCCUGUGUCGGAAAGGAUUGCAGCAACUUAUUCUCGUGCAAGUCUUUUGCUUCGGGAGUCGAUGGAUCUAGAUGGCGUCGCGUGUUUGGAUGCUUGUCCGACUAAUUUCGCAUUCAAACCAGAAGAAGCUGAAAAGUGGGAUCCCUUGCGACCAAUCCCAGACGCUGGCUUCCCAAUGGCGCCGCUUCCUAGUCCACUUGGACUGCCGCGUGUUGUUUCCCAAGAAUUCGACCAGCCAAGUGAUAUGUUAAGCUGCGCCCUCAAGAAAUCAUCUGUAGAAGAUGCGGGCUCAAUUGGCCAACCUGUCAUACCCAAAGGUUUGUUGCAUCGACUUCUCAGAACCUACCCCCAAGGCCAAAUUCUGAGUUUGGAAGACGCGAUCCUGGAAUCCGAAGAGGACUACCUGUCGUGUUCUUCCACGGAAAAUAUGGAUUUGGGACCUGAGUCCUUAAAAACACAGUACAUCACAAACGAACUUGCGAAACGUCUUCCUGGUGCCAAAUGUGCUCUGUUCCUUCCGUUGUGGGACUGGAACAAGUUCCGUUGGCUCUCUGGAAUUCUAGUAUGGACCACAAGUAGCUACCGAGCACUUGGACCAGAAGAACUGCAUUAUUUCAAAGCUUUUGGAGACUCCAUCAUCUCGGAAAUUUGCCGAAUUCAUUGGGCCAGCACUGAGAAAUCAAAGUUCGAUUUCAUUUCCUCGGUCAGCCACGAGCUUCGUUCGCCACUACAUGGCAUCUUAGCGAGUGCUGAACUACUUCAUGGAACUUCCCUCGAACCAGCCCAAGAGGAGAUGGUGGACAUGAUCGAAAGGUCGGGCUUGACUUUACUCGACACGACGAAUCAUAUGUUGGACUUCUGCAAGAUCAAUAAUCUUAGAGAGACAAAUCGACUCAACGUGACUGCCGCCGAGGGUGAAACAAUGAAUCUUCUUUCUGACUUCGACAUCGGUCACUUGGUCGAAGAAGUUGUAAACAUUCAGUACACCGGUCAAAAGGCCUCUGAACAUGUUACUGCCGUUAGAGAGCGGAGGUCUUCAAGUGUGGAUUCGGGGAAUUUGAUCAAUCUUCAUUUCAACGACCAGGAACAGAUGUCAGUUAUCAUUCGAAUCGAUCACUCGGAUACCUGGCGGAUUCGGUCUCUAGCGGGUGCUUGGAAGAGGAUUGUGAUGAAUCUACUCGGAAAUGCCAUGAAAUGGACAUCGGCUGGGUUCAUCGAGGUGGCACUGUCAAAGGUGAAGGAUCGAUCUGACAAGCAACCACUGAUUUAUCUGUCUGUUACCGAUACUGGUCGGGGUAUAGCGGCGGACUUCCUCAAACACAAGCUGUUCGUUCCCUUUUCCCAGGAGGACCCACUCUCAGAAGGUGUUGGGCUGGGACUCAGUACCGUGCACCAAUUGGUGACAUCUCUCGGGGGCCACCUCAAUGUGCGCAGUGAUGUUGGAAUUGGUACACAAACAGAGGUUUAUAUCCCAGUGCAGUAUCUGGAAUCUUGCCCGGACUCCAAUAUCACUCCAGCACCAUCAACGAUAGCGCAGGAUUCGAUCGAUCCUAUCCAUGCUUGUUUGGUUGGAUUCAACGGGUAUCCGGACCUGAGAGAAACACCAACUGGAAUACUCACCGUUGAAUGCAAACGAAAGCUCUCUAUACAAAGCACCAUCGCCAGCAUUCUCAUGAACAAUCUCAAUUGGAAGAUUUCUCUGGUUGAAACCAUCGAAAAAGCAGGCGGAGAAGUGAUUGUGAUUGAGGAAGAGUUACUUCAGCGCGCGAUGCAAGAGAACGAGAAUUUGGCAUUGGAACUGUCUACGAAAAGCAGGUUACACUUUUUCGUCGUACUCAGUGGCAAUGUGCCUCUCAUUCAGGAUGAAAGAAUGGUGAAUGUCGUUCGAAUUUCCCAGCCUUUCGGUCCGCAAAAGAUUCACGGUGCCGUUGAAAAGAUUAUGAAGUGGCGAGAGGCUCAUGAGCCGCCUAAUUCCCCUAUUCUUGCACCUGGCGCUACCCCCGUGGUUCUUUCCCCUGAAUUAGAACGCGAGAGCUACAUGGAAAUCGGGUCAGGUAUGGACGCAAAUAUGUCCCAGAAAAUGGCCCCAGCGACAAGCCCAUCCGGAUCAACCACCUCAACACCGAGGCCAUCUAGCAGAAAGAGCUUUGCUCAUGUGCUCAUUGUGGAUGAUAAUGAGAUUAAUGUAAAGAUCCUGGCCACAUUCAUGCGAAAGAUAAGCUGCAGCUUUGACACAGCCUCAAACGGACUGAUCGCACUGGAGAAAUACAAAAGCUCACUGUACCACUACGACUUUAUAUUAAUGGACAUCUCCAUGCCUGUCAUGGACGGACUCGUCUCAACCGGCAAAAUCCGCGAAUACGAAAAAGAAAAUAACCUCACACCAUCCUGCAUCAUGGCCAUCACCGGUGUUGCCUCAUCCGGCUUCCAGCAACAAGCAAGCACAGUCGGCAUCGACCGAUACCUCAUCAAACCCACAUCUCUUCGCGAACUCAAACUUCUUAUGAAUCUUGCAUGA